GGGUGGGUGCGAGGCCCGGGCCGGGAGCCCAGCCUCCAACCCCCCAGAGGCUCCCCUUACUCCCGCCAGCUUACGGAGGGGAAAACUGAGGCGCACUGCAGGUUGCCAUGUUGUGAGCUGCCACGUUGGAGGGGCCCACGUGGAAAGGAACUGAAUGCUGCCAACGUGUACUGAGGGAGCUUGGAAGCUGGAUCCUUGCCCAGUCAUGCCUGCAGGUCCUUCCAGAAAGAGUCUUGCCUCUUUGGCUCAUCCAGAGGUUCCUCAUCUGGCCCCUACUGACCUGCCUCCUCGCAUCUCAAGUCCUGUGCUAGCCCAUCACUCGGUAAAAUGUCUGCUCCAGGAUCCUACCAGGCGGCUGCUGGACCUUCCUCAGUGCCAACUGCGCCCCCAUCCUAUGAAGAGACAGUUUCUGUUAACAGUUACUACCCCACACCUCCAGCACCCAUGCCAGGGCCGGCCACGGGGCUCAUGACGGGCCCGGAUGGGAAGGGCAUGAAUCCGCCUGCGUACUACACCCAGCCAGUGCCCGUCCCCAAUGCCAAUGCAAUUGCUGUGCAGACAGUCUACGUGCAGCAGCCCAUCUCCUUUUUCGACCGCCCGGUCCAGAUGUGUUGUCCUUCCUGCAACAAGAUGAUCGUGACUCAGCUGUCCUAUAAUGCCGGCGCCCUCACCUGGCUCUCCUGCGGGAGCCUGUGCCUGUUGGGGUGCAUCGCGGGCUGCUGCUUCAUCCCUUUCUGUGUGGACGCCCUGCAGGAUGUGGACCACUACUGUCCCAACUGCAAAGCUCUCCUGGGCACCUACAAGCGUUUGUAGGACUCAGCCAGACCCGAAGGGAGCCGUGUGCUGCAGGAAGGCCUUUCCAACUCUCGCCCAGCCCCGCCCCUGGUGAAGGCUCCAUUUCGGUGCUCUCAUCUCUCCAGGGUCUCCACCUUCGUGUCUUCUUUUGGGGGGAAAAUAUCGCAAAAAUAACACACCUCCAAACCCCAGAAAUUGCUGCUUGGAGUCGUGCACAGGACAUGCAAAGACAUUCUCCUUGAGUGCUGGUUCAAGGGUUUCCUGCCUCCCCGUCUGUGACCCCAAGUCAUCCCAUCCAACUGUGAGCAUUGUGCCGUCUGAGUAUCUUCUGGUGAUUUGCCACUGGCCAGCUUCUUUUUUUGCCUCAGUGGGCCUUUCUCUUGGUGGUCUCAAACUGAGAAGCCCCAGAUUGCCUUAUUUUUGAAACUGUUCUGGCCCCAGUACAGCUGAACCAACCUUUAGUGCCUACCGUCAUAGCCAUCUGUUUCCACUUCUGAUGACAAAAAUCUUGCCUUACAGUCUAAGGGCUUGGCUCUCAGAUUCUGUAACUGCAGGCUUUUAAAUAGCACACAAAUUCACUUUAAUUUCUUAAUUCGUUUUUAAGUACAGGGAGGGGUUAUUCACACCCAUCAGACACAUAGCCAUGAGGUCAUAAAUGCAGGCUAGGAAUAGAAGGCUGGAUCUUUUCACUGAUCUGCCUUCCUUGGACCAGAUCCUCAGCCACUUUCCACGAAGGGCUUUUUUUUUUUGGUAGAGGAAUUGUUUGUAUUAACAGUUUUUGUGACCUCCUUUUGGUCUUAAACACCUUUGAACAUAAUUUUGAAAGGAGGGAUUUAUAGAACUGUUUUCCGUAACUAUAUGACUGGUAUCAUUUUCCCAUUUGCCAAUGCACUCUCACUUUUUUUUUUUUUUUUUCCUUAACAGAAAAAGUAAUGGGGAUAAUUUCAUCCACUGCCUUUACUUGGGUUUAGUGUUGUUCCUAAAGACCUUCAUAAUGGAACUCUUAAAGCGGGUCCCCUUUUAGGUUCCUGGUGGAUAUUUGGAAAGACAAAAGAAAGCGUGUUUGAGCACAUCUGAGUACCAUGGUGCUGAAAAGUGUGGGGACCUGACUGUUUCAAAGGCAUCUGAAGUCUGGAUUUUAUUUUUCAGAAAUCAAUUUGUUGUAUAACAUCUGAAGACAUGAUUUCUAGGACUGAAGCAGCAAGCCAGAGUUCUCUGUUCGCUGCUGUGUCAUCUUUGAAAUCAAGACAAAGCCGGGCUCGACUUUCAGGAGUCCCUGUUUUGAUAAUAAAUAGGCACAGGGAAUGCAUGUGAAUAAUAUUAUGUAGAAAUCAAGCCUAGGUCUUGAUCGAAAAUCUGUAUAUUGGUUCAAAAUUAUAGUCAUAACCCAUUGAUUCAGCUUAUUCAUUUGAUGUUUCGAAAGUUCCAGUAAUUAUUUUUGCAAUGACUAUGGAUACUACAUAGUACUUUGGUGUUAUCUGCUUUUCAAAAAUAAAGUCUUUUGUUCACUCUGUGAA